ACCGGCGAGUGGCAUUGCGGCCGGACUGUGUUUCAGAAAGCAGAAGCCAUUGAAGAAACACUGAGCAUGGAGGCGCUCGCUGAGGGGUUCUCAAUCGAACACCGCAGCUCACGCAGAAGCACGAUGAAGCGCAACACCAUCAGUAGACGGUCGGCAGUCGCGGCAGCAGUACCUCCGAGACCGAUGCCCGCCUCGGUUGCCUAUAACAGCGACAAUGAGAGCAAGUACGACGAAAACCCAGACGACAGCAGCCUUUCAGAGAAACCGUCGGAAGUUAGCAGCACAGAUUCGCAGGGUGACGAUGACGAAGAUGAGCUCUACUACCAAUCGGGUGCGCGCAGCAUGGUGGGACACUACACGAACGUCAAUGACGUGUGUAGGCAGUCGUGGAAGCGCCAGAGGCCGACGCCCUCGCGCCAGGUGCCCUCGGGGCCGGUCAGGACGGCCGCCACUGCGGGCCCCGUGCCGGGCGCGAUGGGAGGCGGCGGGCUGAGAAAUUACGCCAGCCAUACCGACUCCGAACAGGAGGGUUCAGCGGUGAUGUCGCUAAAUGGAGCGGAAGUGGUCGUGAACAAUCGAGCCGGCAGUCGAGCUCCCCUCGGAUCCGGCGCCAACGGCUUCUCCAGCUUUGUGUAGCACAUGCCGUCCGUAGUGAGGAAGGACAUGCGGAAGGCCUGGUGACUGGAAGGCUGGGACGGAUGGAAGGCCAGGCUGAAGAGAUUGUCCCUCGAACUCUGGUGGUAUGAGACGAGACGGGACGUGAGACAGGGCGUCAAUGAGGCAGGAUCGCGGUGAUGGUGAUGGCGUUGUGGAUGAUGAUGAUGUCAGUAAUGGAGUUGAUUGUGUAGAGAUUGCCAACAUUACCUACAGCGACGUGUACGGCAAUCUCUACAACAUCAUCAUACGUCACUACCUAGCAGCGAAUCCCUAGUAGCCUCCUCCUUAUGCCACUAACCAACCAGCCGUCGUCUCGUCUUCUCCAGUACCGUCCCGACAGAGGCCUUCCGUCUCACUCACACACACGCAUACAAACGUGCGUGCCCUCCUGUGAUACACACUGCCCCGUCCUGCCCGCCAGAGUCUCGAUCGUAGUAGAGUUUGUGUCUUGUCUGGCGUGUCUGCUUGUCUGCUGGCUGUCUGGAUUGCCCGAGAGUGUCUGCGCUGGCGACUGUCUGCGUUGUAAUGCGUGCGUACUGCGUAAUGAUGUCUGCGUCGCGUUGCGUUGUCUGCGUAUGUCCCACAAUAUGCCGAUAUCUGCCCUGUCGCGGUACUCGCGGGGGCGGCAAGCGGCAGCCAGCCCAUCUGUAGUACAUCGCAGAGUGCUGCCUGCCGACCGACUGAAGAACUAGCUGAAGGGUUGUUUGCGACUGUGCGAGCCCGCAGAAGUGUUUGUAUAGUUCCUUUGGACGUGGGCGCCCGCUGCGGCCUGAAGGGAUAGGGGAAGGAUGAUGGGCAAGCCCGACUUUAGAGCGGCUUUGGAGACUACCAGAGACCGCUUUGUACGUCGGAGGAGGGGAGAAUCAUUGAAAGACUGCGUGGGUUUGAAAGAGACUUGUGAAUGUAGCGUCUGAGCAUUUGGUCAGGCCCCGCUGUUGUAUGUAUGCAGUGUUGUAUCUAUUUGUGCCUCAAUCUGUAUUAAUCAUGAAAAGCUGCGAUUGGUUUGAACACUGCUAAUGAUAGAACUCAUUAAAGACAGACACGGGCAUUGCAGCUUGACUCGAACAAACUCCUGGCGUUCGCAUUUGUGUGUGCUUUUGUUUGUGUGUCUGUGUACCUUUAGCGAUGUUUCACAACUAGCGGCAGUAGCGAAUCUCUUGAACUCGGUCUGAUUAGUCUGUGAACCAGGCCACUGUUCUCUGUCCCAAGUGUAUUUACUCGCGACGUCCCAGCCAAUCACGCGCCUUUGUGGUCGAUUCUGGCCAACAAUGUUUGACACACUGCUCGGUCGAGAGAGAGAGAGAGAGAGAGAGAGAGAGAGAGAGAGAGAGAGAGAGAGAGAGAGAGAGAGAGAGAGAGAGAGAGAGAGAGAGAGAGAGAGAGAGAGAGAGAGAGGGGGGACUGACCACGGAAAGGAUGACCUUCCGUGUUUGGGGGCAGCCGUCUGUUGCCAACUCCGUUGCCAGGCGGCUGUCCGCUGUAGUCUCGUCCAGGGAUGUUUUAGACACGGAACACGUACUGUAUUUCCCCUAAGUUGUGGCAUGACGGAUUGUCGUGUGAGUGGGUCUCUCUCUCUCUCUCUCUCUCUCUCUCUCUCUCUCUCUCUCUCUCUCUCUCUCUCUCUCUCUCUCUCUCUCUCUCUCUCUCUCUCUCUCUCGCCGUUUGUUUUCCGAUAUCGGCCUCGCUCGCCCUUGGCAAUCAUCUCGGCCGUCAUUAUUCGGUUGCUACCGACUGUAUCUCCGGCCUCCACGCCCCUCUCCCCUCUCCUCUCCCUUCCCUCUCCCCUCUCUCCUGCUACUCAUCUCGAUGCCUCAUGCCCUCUACACACCCUGCUCUUCGAUUUCGCCUUUUUAUCUACCUCGUCACCUGGCUUGGUCUUAAAAACUUUACCGUUUAUAAUUAUCCGUUUUCGGUAAAGUUCACGAAUCUCAACCCACGCUCCUCCCUCCUCCCCUCUCUCCAGCACUCUCUCCUCUCUAGGCUCUCUCUAGCGUUUCCACUCAUCCCCUUUUCCACCGCUACGUCGGUUCAAUAUACGGUGCGGUGGGCCCAACUCGUAAACUGUCUGCCCACUCUAAUAUGCCGCACUGGGAGCCGUAACGUCUGACACUGCUGUGAGUGGUGGCGUCUGGCCCCACUCCGACCUAGGGCUGACCUCGCCUGUCGGUCUUACCUGCGGUUGGACCGAACUUUUUGACAGUUAUAUCUAUGAACUUGGAAACCUGCCCUGUUGAUUGUCAUUUAGUAUCGACCAAACAGUAAGCAUAUCGGCUGUUUUGCCUUCUAACCUUUGGCAGUAACUCAACUAUAUAUCUUCUAUCGACCACAUUCGUCUAUCAGCACACUAAUUGAUCAUAGCCAUCGAUAAUUUCAUCCUCUAUUGACUAGCUGUCCAGUGUUCAGUGACUGUAACUAUCGACCGCCAAGUCCAAUUGGCCUUUGUCAGAGCCUGUUAUCCUACCCUCCGCACUGCAAGAGUUCUGCUUAACACUUCAUAACUGUCCUGUCCUUCGUUUUCGCUCUGUCGGUUCCCUCUAGGCUAGACUCCACGCCUCAAGCUAUAUACCAACCAACCUACCCCCGGGCCCGAGAUUGUCCCAAGGUCGGAUUUCGCCACAUAGUCCCUCCCAUCGAGCCAGUGGCGUUUGAUCUAUCUCGGUCGCCCGCGGCUCAGACUGAUCGCUGAUCCGUGACAUUUUCAAUUUGGGCGGAUCUGUGGAUUCUGUGGUGAACCUCAAUCAUCUCCGUUGGUCGUAUUUGACAGAUGGGAUGUCCGACAGCGAUUUGGACAAUUCUCUGAUUGUCCAGGCGGUCUACAUAGGCGCGAGGAUGCCCUUCAUUUUCAACACUCAAGAGCACGAAAUUUUAUCGACCAUUUUUUUUUCUCUCUCUCUCUCUCUCUCUCUCUCUCUCUCUCUCUCUCUCUCUCUCUCUCUCUCUCUCUCUCUCUCUCUCUCUCUCUCUCUCCCUCUCUCUCUCUCUCUUCUCCCCUCCCUUCCCUCUCACUCACGCCUCUCCUUUUCCCUUCAUGCCUGCCUGUCAUUUGCUACUACCUCGGGUGUAUUUCCCGGAAUGUAGCUAUACCCCGGCCUCUGUCAUCAUCUCCCAGGGGAACGGGUGCAGUGGCCAACAAGAGCGGGCACAUCCCCUUCCCUCCCCUCGCCUCGCCUCUCCCCUCCCUUCCCCCGAGCGCCGCUGGCUAUCGUCGGGUCGUUUGGACGUUGACAGUCGCCGGAGGCCCGGGCUGACCUGGAGCAUGUUUCCUCCGCGAGAGAGAGAGAGAGAGAUAGAGAGAGAGAAAGAGAGAGAGAGAGAGAGAGAGAGAGAGAGAGAGAGAGAGAGAGAGAGAGAGAGAGAGAGAGAGAGAGAGAGAGAUCGGAGUGUGUUUGGCUAAUGCGCUAUUGCUCACGCUAACGGGACGCCGCGUGGACCAGGCAUUAGCUCGCUCACAGCUUGUGAUUUCUGGAGAUCUGUUGUGUCCUAUCGCUCGAGUGGCUCAGGAUUUCUCGUUUUAUACUUAUUCCUGUACACACUUUGUUAUCGACUCAUUUAGUAGCCGUACUUUUGUCAGCUCGCAAAAUUGUGUUUUGUCUUGUGAUUUUUUUCGCUUUUACUGAAUCAUAUUUCUACCUUUUGUUUUGUGUACGAUGUUUUAUUGCGUCGGUAUCAUGUGAGCCGGAUUCUGGGCAUGAUUAAUCCUCACCCAUUCGGAUUUUUUCCGGUUGUUUUCGAAGGAAAGUGGUUGGACGUGUGGGUGUAGCGCCUUGCCUCAAUAAUUUCCCCGCCUGCGGUGUUAUCAUUGAGUGAAUAGUGUAUCGUAUGAUUGACUAGUUUUUUUUUUGUGAAUAGCGACCCGAUGACCAAUAACAUCUGCGGAAUAUUUGUGCUCAUGUGCGUGUGUUUGUGUGUUUCUGUACCAUUUUUACGUCGCGGUCCAUACCGUGGGUCCAUCAUGCCUUGUACACAGUUGUUAAUGGUGUGAUCUCAUUGCUCGUAAAUAUACGACUGUUUUUUAAUUAA